GUGAGUGACCGUGACUGACCUUCUUUAAAUCUUUACCAUUGAAAAUUACAUUGUUCCCCCACACGCAAGACAAAUCUCAGAUCUUCCCUUUCUUCUUCUUUCUUGCAUCAAGAUCCAAUCUUUCUUCAUUCCCACCGAAAACCCAUCCGAGAUAUAUAAUAAAAAUGGGUGAAUUAUUGACAUACACCAUUGCAGGAGGAGGCUUCAUUCUGAUUGGUGGGUGGGAAGCCAUUCUCUCCUCUUCUGAGACUCUCAAAUCUCCUGAUACUUCUGAUGAUUCAUCGUCUAAAUCACACUCCCUUACCUUCUUGUUCAUCUCUCUCCUCUCUUUUUUCUUCAUCGUCAACUCUUUUUUCUCCUUGUUUGAUGCCCUCAAUUUGGAUGAUCAUACUGGCCUUGUUCUUCAAUUAGAGGUAAUUUCUAUUGCUGCCCUUUUCUUGCUCUACUCUGUUUUGGGUUUCUUGAAUCAUGUUAAAAGAAGCCCCUUUUCGUUUCCUUUGCCAUUGCUUAGUUUGCUUUGUUUGUUUGCGUUUGUGGAGGAGUUUAUUAUGUUUUAUUUGCAAAAGAAAGACCCAAUUGGUAUUGAGAAUAGGUACUUUGAUCUUUUACUUGUGCCGAUUAGUGUUUGUGUGUUUGCUACAAUGCUUGAGCUUAAAAACCCCGAUUCGGGUUUUCCACGGUUGGGGCGUGCCAUUGGGUUGAUUUUGCAUGGAAUGUGGUUUGUGCAAAUGGGUAUUUCGUUUUUUUCGGAUUUGAUUGUACAUGGAUGUAAUUUGCAUGAAAAGAGUAGAGGGAAUUUUACGAUUAGGUGUAAAGGACAUCCGGAGUAUCAUCGAGGUAAGGCGAUUGCCACACUUCAGUUUAAUUGUCAUCUUGCUUUGCUUGUGGCUUUUGUCGUGGGAGCUUAUGCAGUUGUGUGUAAAAAGCAUGGGGUGAGGAAGGAGUCUACUAGGUAUAGACCGAUAGGUGCUGAAAUGUUGCAGAUGGAUAGUACUGCUCAGUUUACACUGGACUCUGAUGAUGAGGGUGAUGAGAUUGAGAAUAAAAUCAAGAAUGAUGCGAUGGUACCGAUGCACAAGGCUCUUACUGUGGUGCAGGACGUGGGUGCUAAUGGUUAUGGUUCUCGUCAUUGAGGAGGUACACGCGAUGUGUUUAUAUUGAAUAUAGAAUAUAAAAUCUGUUAUUUUAUCAAAGGUUAGAAGAGAAGAAUGUAACUAGAGUUGGAGUUGUAUAAAUUGUUAAUUUUGUUAUUCUUAUUUUUGUUAUGCACUAUCCUAGUGUGAUGUGGUAGUUAUCAAAUUUUCAUCUUGUAUGGGCUGAUAACAUCAAUGGGUAUUUAAUUUGGCUUUUUUA